AUGAUAAUAUUUGGUGUAAUCAUAGUUUAUAAACGUUAUCGGCUUAUUAAUGGAUCUACAAACAUAAUUAUCUUGCAGGUAGCCCAAGCAUUGUGUGCCAGUAGUGGAGUUACUCUAUUUUUUGUUAGUUAUCGAUUUAUUCCAUUGCCAGAUCUGAACACAAUUCGACACACUCAGGUUGCUUGGACUGCUCUCAUAGCGAUGAUUAUUUUUCGUGAACGUAUUUCUAUAUCGGCUAUUUUAGCCAUCAUUUUAUCUAUGAUUGGUAUAGUAUGUGUUGCUCAGCCUACAUUUCUUUUUCCAGUUCGUCGACAAUCUCUUAAUACCACAUUAAAAGUAGUAUUCUAUAAUAAAACAACAUCGAAUGAUCUCGGCCUUGAAAUUCGUGGCGAUUAUCGUCUAUUGGGUAUUUUUCUUGCGUUAGGAUCUUCCCUUUUAGUUUCAUUCGGUUAUGUACUAAAUAAAAAGUUACUCGAACUCAAAAUCAAACAAAGUAUAUUACUCAUUCAAUUUUCUUCAUUUACACUUGUUCUCGUUACUCUUAAUCAUUUGUGGAAUCGAUUUUAUUUGCAUGCAUAUGAUCAUCGAGUUAUGUUCACUUGGCGAUUCGUCAUUGCUUCAUUUAUUUCGCUAUUUCAAGUACUUUCAUCAUCUUUAACCCAAAAAGCUAUCAAACGCGAACAUCCAUCAAUUAUUACGAUUGUACAAUCAUCAGAUAUUCUCUUUGCUAUUCUACUACAGAAUAUAUUUGCUACUGCAAAAUCAGAUUGGUUGAUACUACUUGGUGCAACUUUGGUUGCAGUUAGUAUAUUAAUUGUUGGAAUUAAUAAACUUUGGCAAGAUCGAAAAAAAUUGCAAACAUAA